AUGGCAUCCUCUGCAAUUGACAUAGUUAAAAUUGGAAGCAUCAUAAAAGACCGCUGGAAUGUCUUAAAGAAAAUAGGGAGUGGUUCUUUUGGAGAGGUAUACGAGGCUCAGGAUGCACUUACACAACAAAAGGUGGCCAUUAAGGUGGAGUCCUCCCGACAAGCCAAACAACUUUUGAAAAUGGAAGUUGCAGUUUUGAAGAGACUUCAGGGAAAGCCUCAUGUUUGUCUAUUUAUGGGAUGUGGUCGAAACGACAAAUACAGCUACGUUAUUAUGAGUCUUCAAAGUCGCAACCUUGCGGAGCUCAGGCGUUCAAGUCCCCGUGGCUACUUUUCACUUUCAACCACCGUAAGAAUUGGCCGACAAGUUCUGACAGCUAUCGAGAACAUUCAUGCUAUCGGUUUUUUGCACCGUGACAUUGAACCUUCUAAUUUUGUAUUGGGGGGUGGAAGCGGACCUGGAUCUAUUAGUCCACGAACCAUAGUAAUGCUUGAUUUCGGUUGCGCACGCCAGUACACUACAGGAGAUGGCGACCUUAGGCCACCGAGACGGGUUGCUAGCUUUCGUGGAACUGUCCGUUACGCAUCCGUCAAUGCCCACCUGAACAAAGAAUUAGGUCGACAUGACGACUUGUGGUCACUGUAUUACAUGUUAGGAGAAUGUGUUACUGGCCAGCUGCCUUGGCGUAAAGUAACGGACAAGGAUCACGUUGGAAUUAUAAAGAAAACUUUUGAUCAUAAUAAUUUGCUGAGAUAUUUGCCUCGUGAAUUUCGUCCCUUUUUGAAACAUAUCCAAAAUCUAACAUAUUUUGACAAACCUGACUACGAAUUUCUACAAUCCUUACUCUCAACUUACAUGGAACGGAAGUCCAUCAGUGAAGAUGAUCCCUUCGAUUGGGAGGUGUCUAAUGAUCAGUCCGGAGGGACUAACGAAACUGGCGAGCACCACACUAAUUUGCAUACACCUCCCGCUCCAGAAGCUAGCAAAGGAAUGGGAACUGUUGCCGCCGAAGAAGCCCACAUGCCAACACUACUAGACUCGGGAGGCAUGGCACCCGCUGAAAGUGGUGCUGUGUAG